GUUAAUGAAGCUGUUUAUAAACUCAUGCACACCACACAACUCUUUCAUUACAUCCUCAAAAUUUUGAGAUGGUCUUCGCGGAGCCCCUCCUUUUUCUCUAUGACUCCGACGAGACGGGAUCCAGUGCCCGAUUAUCCUUCUCGUCUGAGUUUCUCGACGAGAGCAACUUCAUCACCAUAUUCCCCAACCCAAGGGCAGACAGGGAGGAGCGGGCCGCGGUUGACUUCGAGUUCCUCUCAGGAAACCUAACCGGCAUGAUCGCCGCCGACGAGCUCUUCAGCGAAGGAAAGCUGAUCCCUUUCCAGCAAAUCCACCUCGCCGAGAAGCUCGACAAAAUUAGCCUGAAACCAGAAGAAGAAGCUAGAAAGAAGGAUCAGGAGAGAAGGAUGAGCUGGUUCGUCGACGACGAUCCGUCUCCUAGGCCUCCCAAAUGCACUGUUUUGUGGAAGGAGCUGCUCAAGCUGAAGAAGCCUCGCCCUUCCACACUCUCUCCGCCUAAUUCAUCAUCUUCUUCCUCCUCGUCCCGAACUUCUUCAGUUCGGGGAGAGGUAGUGAAGGAGAGCGGGGAAAGUAGCAAGAGAGUGAAGAAAGGGAAGGAGAGGACGCGGUCGUUUAGUAUACGGAUUAGGCCGGUUUUGAAUGUGCCUAUCUGCACGCAGCCGAAGAACGCCGCUCUGCCGCCAUUGUUUUCCUCAAGGACAGGUAGAUGAGAGAGAGUAUUAUAAGAACGCGCAGUUUGUAUUUUUUGCUUACAUUGAUUAAUUUCAUGUUAUUCUUUUCAUGGUGAUUUGAAUUUGUGACUGAAUCUGCUUGUUUUUUGGUUUAAUAAGUUUGGAUGUGCAGAAACAUGUUCCAGGUAACCUGGAUAACCUCUAGUUUUCUGGGGCCAAACAUAGCAAUUAGUACUACAUAGCAAUUUCUGGUUGGAUUAUUGUAUUUUUAUUGUUCUCCACUGUAUUUUAUUUUAUUCUAUUCUUGGUAAAUAACCCUUUAGAUCUAAA